AUGCCCAGUGGAUACAAAGGCAAAUGUGGGGACACUGUGGACCCGAUACCCUUCCUGGCUCCUCCUAAUAAGGAGAGGAUAGAAGCCAUGAACAAGCCCUGUGACAUCAAGAAGUCCUACUGGAGCAAAGACAAGGGAGGAGCUCUGCUUGGGGAGAUCCAGCCUGAACGGGGCCAUCAGGUCACCAUGAAGAUGGUCACCAACCAGACUGUCACCAUAAAGGAUGACAUCCAGCAGAUGAAGCCACCCAAAUUCUACCAGGCCAACAAUAUGGUGGACAUGACCUUCUUGAACAAGGCCAGCAUCCUGGAAAGAUGGCCAUUUUCUUUCCUUCCCCUCAAGACCUUAUCAGGCUUGUUCUGUGUGCUGGUCAGCCCUUACAGGUAGCUGCCCAUCGGGGCCAGAGUGGCCAACAUGCACAAGGGCAAGAAGCCCACGUAGAUGCCCCACCUCUUCCCCCCCUCUGACAAUGCCAAUUUAGACACUGGGCCACAGAAAUUCCUUGCCCUUGCAGCCCCAAAGGCUUUAGAACUAGAAAGCAAAAACCAGUCUAUGCUAGUCACCAAGUGGGCUGAGCAGGAUGUACUGGGCUUCAGUCCUGAGGAGAAGACCAGAGGGUACAAGCUGACUGGGGGCAUCAUGCACUUUGGCAACAUGAACUUCCAGGAGAAGUCCAGAGAGAAACAAGCUGAGGUAGACACCAGAGAGGAGUCUAACAAAGUUGCCCAUCUCAUGGGGUCUCAAUUCUGGAGAACUCCAGAAGGCAUCAGCCGGCCCCAGGUCAAAAUAGGCAAUGAGCUUGUGCAAAAGGGCCAGGACACUGAAGAGCGCAGCAACUCCAGUGGGGCUGGUAAGGCCAUCUACGACAUGAUGUCCAAGUGGCUGGUGGUGUGGAUCAGCAAAACCCUGGACGCCAAGAUGCAGAGGCAGUUCUUCCUCAGGGUGCUGGGCAUCACUGGCAUUGAAGUUUCUGAGCUCCACAACUUUGAGCAGCUGUGCAUCAACUUCACCAGUGAGAAGCUGCAGCAGUUCUUCAACCACCUCAUGUUUGUGCUGGAGCAGGAAGAAUAUGAGGGGGAGAACAUCGACUGGGUCUUCACUGACUUCGGUCUUGACCUAGCCUGUAUCGACCUUCUGGAAAAGCCCAUGGGCAUCUUCUCCAUCUCAGAGGAACAGUGUGCCUUUCCCAAAGCCACUGACGCCAUGCUCAAGGUGGUCCUGUAUAAUAACCACCUGGGCAAGUCCAACAACUUCCUCAAGCCCAGAGGGAAGAGGCCCGAGGCCCACUUCGAGCUUAUCCACUAUGCCAGCCCCGUGGGUUAUAACAUGACAGGCUGGCUGGAGAAGAACAAAGACCCCCUGAAUGAAACAGUGGUGGGCUUGUUCCAGAAAUCAACCCUAGGAAUUCUGGCCCUUCUCUUCAAAGAGGCUUCAGCUAGAAACAAGAAGCAGGAAAGAGGGUCCUCCUUCAUGGCAGUCUCUAACUUCUACAGGGUGAUGGGACUUGCUCAACAUGACAAACCCCAGGUGCAGUUAAAGCAGCUGAUGACCACCUUCCACACCACCACCCAUUUUGCCCUCUGUUUUGUCCCCAAUCUUGAUAAGAGGAGACUGGAGUUGAUGACAUGGCUUCCCAGUUCAGCCUCCUUGAGUGCGCCGCCCUCAGGGGAUGAGGCCUCCCUCUUGUUGAGUGUGGUGGAUGCCCACCUGUUCACGCACCAGUUGGCUUGCAACAGAGUCCUGGAAGGCAUCUGCAUUUGCAGAAAGGGCUUCCCAAACAGGCUACAGUACCCAGAGUACCAAGUCUUGAACCCCAAAGUCAUUCCUCAGGGCUUUGUGGACAAGAAGACCUCAGAGUUGCUGCGCAGGUCCAUCCACCUGGAUAGGUGGCCUGAAAUCCUCCAGCGGAACAUGCACAAGUUCCUGAAGCUGAGUUCUGGGGGUUGGUGGAAGCUCUACAACAAGUGGGAGGUUACGGAUGCUGCAGGGAUGUCUGAAAAUGAGGGCACUUUGGAGAUGAAGGAAGAGGGUGAGGUUGAGUCUAAGGCAGAGACCUACCACUGCCAAGCCUACCCAGCAGUCUAUGGUAGUGCUUACUGUCCAUGUCAAGCUACUCCUGAAUGUAGCAGCACAUCAAAAGAUGAAGGCCAAGGAGGAGGAACUGAGAAAUGCCAUGCCAAGACACAAGAGCUGAUAAACAAGGUCAAAGAACUGGAGGAGAAGACUGCCAACUCUUCUCCUCCAGAAGAGCCAGGAAAACGACCUCACCAUUCCAGCUUGCUACCUGAAACACCUGUGUAUCUUUCCUUCCGGCAAACCCUUGAUGACCUGCAAGCUGAGGAAGACAAAGCAAACCGCCUGACCAAGAGUAAGUGCGAGCUCAACGCCCAAAUCCACAGAUCGUGGGAGGCUGAACUGUUGAAGCUGCGGCGGGAGCUGGAGGAAAGCGAGGCCCUGCAGAGCAAGGCCACAGCCUCCAUGCUGCACAGAAAGCACAUGGAUUCCAGGGCUGAGCGGACAGAGCAUGUGGAGGACCUUCAGAGGGUGAAGUACAAGCUAGAGAAGGACAAGCAGGUCAAGCAGGCUGAGAUGGAUGACCUCAAUGCCAGCCUGCAAACUGUGCAGAAAUCCAAGCUGUUGAGUGCCAAGGCCCAUGUCCAGAAGCUGGAAGAUAGCUUAGUAGAAGCCAAUGCCAAGGUGGCAGAGCUGGAGUGAAACUAGGCAGAAGUUAAUGCCAUCAGGAUCCGCCUCCAAGAACCAAAGCAUCCUGUGGUCAAGCACAAGCUGGAGUCCAAUGUCCAGCACAUCUCCAAGGAGCAUGAGGAGCUCAUACAAGUUCCGCUCAACUGA